AUGGACCUCAGGAGUUCCAAAGCGCUCUGCCGCAGACUGGAAUAUGUCGUGCUGAUGAACGAGCUUGCGGAAACAACGAAUGUGUUAAAAAUGAAUACAUCUGCGAUGGAGAGCCAGACUGUCGAGAUCGAAGUGAUGAACAAAAUUGCCCGUCGUUUCGAUCGUGCGAACCGAACGAAUUCAAAUGCAACAACGGUCGAUGCGUGCAGAAGAUGUGGCUUUGCGAUGGAGAUGAUGACUGCGGCGACAACUCGGAUGAGCAAGCCUGUACCCAUAAAGUUCCAUCCGACGGAUGCUCUCCAACCGAAUUCAAAUGCCGCGAUGGUCGACAGUGUGUACCGCAAAGCUUUCAUUGCGACGGAACUAACGAUUGCCACGAUGGAUCCGAUGAGGUUUCUUUCAGACAAUAUUCUUCUUUGAUAUUCUGGACUGACGCUUAUCUUGCUCCGUUGAGUAAUCCGCUAACCUUCUUUUGUGCCACAAUAAAUGCCCCGUUAAUCAAUAGGAUGCUUCCUUACCUCAUUUUACGCAUGUCGUACAUGUUUCGCUGUAAAGUAUGCCCAAUGCGAGUUCUCGUUGCAUCCAAAACACCAU